CGGUGUAGAAUGGCUACUCUGCGUAAUCUGCGGGAGGUGCCGCGGCACUUGCUGGUCUGCGAGAAAUCCAACUUCGGCCACGAGAAGUCACGCCACCGGCAACUCGUGGAGACGCACUAUCACAAUUACAGGGUUUCAUUUUUGAUUCCUGAAUGUGGAAUACUCUCCAAGGAACUGAAAAGCUUGGUCAUGGAAACUGGACCCUAUUACUCUGUGAAGAAUUUACCACUUCAUGAAUUCAUUUCACAGGAGUUUAUCAACACCUUUGUAAAGAAAGGUGCAUGCUAUGCGUUAACGUACAAUACAAACAUUGACGAAGAUAAUACUGUUGCCCUACUACCAAAUGGGAAAUUAAUUUUAUCACUGGAUAAAGACACUUAUGAAGAAACUGGACUUCAAGGUCGUCCAUCUCAGUAUUCUGGCAGAAAAGUCAUGAAAUUUAUUGUUUCCAUUAAUUUGAUGGAUUUAUCCUUAAAUCCGGAUUCCAAGAACUAUAAAAGAAUAUCUUGGUCCUUCAAAGAAAAGAAGCCCUUGAAAUUUGAUUUUCUUUUGGCUUGGCAUCCUACAGGUGCAGAAGAACCAACAAUGAUGUCAUACUUUUCCAGUUACCAAAUUCAGGAGCACCAGCCAAAAAUAGCCCUGAGUGUGCUGACAGACCUGCAGUGUCCCGCGCUGCAGAGCCACGUGCUCCAGGGGGAGCCCGAGGUGGCCUGCAGCGCCCAGGAGCUAUUGGACUGGCUGGGAGCCGUCUUCAGUCACGUCAGCCUAAAUAAUGAGCCCAAUAAUUUCAUAUCAACCUAUUGCUGUCCUCAGCCAAGUGCAAUUGUGGCAAAAGCUUAUUUAUGCACGAUCACUGGUUUCCUGCUUCCAGAGAAGAUUGGUCUCUUAUUGGAACAGCUACGUCACUACUUUGAUGAACCAAAGUUAGCUCCCUGGGUUUCCUUAUCUGUUCAAGGCUUUGCAGACAGCCCUGUUUCUUGGAGAGAAAAUGAGCAUGGUUUUCGAAAAGGAGGAGAACAUUUGUACAACUUUGUGAUUUUUAAUAACCAGGACUAUUGGCUUCAGAUGGCUGUUGGGGCAAAUGAUGACUGUCCACCGUAGAAAAUAAAAAUUAAAAAAUUUGUUU